AACCCUGAUUUUUUUUCAGUUCAGUGGUUUUACUCUGAUUUCUUCUCAUUUCUCUUGAUUUCAGUAGUUUUCGUUUUCAAUUUUAUCAAUUUCUCACUAAAAUUCAUUUUCUCACUAAGUUUAUCACUAAAAUUCAAUUUCUCGGUGCGAAAAAUAAUGAAUCGUCCAGCAUUCUUCAAGUUUUACGUGCCUUGGCUUAGUGAAGAAAGCCAGAAAAUCCCUCCAAGGUUUAUGCAAUCUCUUCCAGGAAACUGGCCAAAGAAUUGGUCACUUCGAGACUGUUAUAACAAUUUGUGGAAUGUGAAAGUGGAAAUGAUUGGCGGUGAUUGGUACUUUAAAGAUGGUUGGGCAAAAUUUAUUGAUGAUAAUAAGAUAAAAGGAGGGGAUAUGUUUAUCUAUGAGUAUUUCUCUCAUGGUUUACUUGACUUCAAAAUCCAUGGAGGCAAUGGUUGCAUGACGGAAGGUGCUGGGGGUCGGAUUACUCAGUCACCUGAUUGUAGUCCUAUCGAUGAAGGACACACACAUGAGAAUGAUGACGAUAAUGACGAUCAUGAAUCCCCGCCUGAAGAAGAGAAUCCAAGGGAUGAUCAGAUUCAAGGGGGGCGAGUCACGGAUGGUGCGGCCAGUUGUUGCAAAUGUAAAACCAAAACAACCAGUGGCCGCGACUGGUACGGUGCAGAGCUCAUGAAAACAGGGUUCAUUCCACCAUCCCCAAAUCCUUAUUUCGUGACCAAAAAACGAAGAGGCAGAGCUUAUGAAUUAUAUAUACCUGUGGAAGUGAUCAAAAGCUUCAACCUAAAACUCCCUGAGAAUGUGACGCUCAUCGACCCAAAAGGAAGGCAGUUUCCUGCCAAACGCAAGAUGUGGGCGGACCAGAGGAUGUUCUACAUCGGAGGCUGGAAAAGCCUUUGUGUAGUGAACAAGGUGGAAGACGAAGACUCGUGCAUUUGCGAGUUCUUGUAUAACGCUGAUGAUCUAUGCAUCAGUGUAAGCUUCUUUCCUCCAAAAUAGCAACAAUGCUUGAAUGGAGCGGAUUAGAUUCUUAUUGAGGAGUUCACAUUUGUAUAGUUUCAGAGGUAUUGUUAAGCAUCUGAGUUUUCUGAGUUAUUCUUUGUAUAUGAUUUUAGGGAGUAUGAUUUGUUGUUUCAAUCAAUAGUUAUCCCAUACAAUAAAAUGGUAGUACGAUUUUUGCACCAA